ACUUCGGAUCUUCAUUGCAUCUUACUUUACUAAUUAAAAGAAACACGCCUCGUAAUUUCACACCCACUAAAUUCUCUUAAAUUGAUACGUUUCAUAAUAUUUUAAAGGCUUGCAAGUGGCAUAUGUACUCCUAAUAAAGUCGAUUACCCAUAACCUGAACUGUGAAAUUAACUUCCCCUUCUGCUUGUUAAUGAUAAAUGGAUCACAACAUCCUGAGUGGAAGGCAUGGCCACUUUCGUCUGAAUCACUUUGAUAACAGUUCCAUUCCGCUGCGAUCAUUGGUUCCGCCUAUGUGCUUUCCUACGGAACCAUUUGUCGGUCGUACCACAACAGGAAAGCACCACAGUAUCAGUGACCUAUGAGAAGUGGCUUGUUUCUUUGGAAAAUAACUACUUUCAGCUGUGACCCUCUGUGGGUGACGCUUCCUGCGGAAAAAGAAAGAUGAUGUAAAUUUGACCUCAAACAUCACCAUGUUGCCUGCCAAGCUGACCAGCCGGUUAAUUCUGGCUGCCCUCAGGAGGAUUCAGCUUGGAGCUUAUUACCCUUGUGAGCAGUCCCUGUCAAGCUGCCUUAUUCACACAGACGGAGGGAAGACAAGGAAUAAUCACCACUCUGGUGCCAGUGCAUUAAGAGGAGUGUUUCACAAGCAGAGCACAAUCUGCCUGACUCAUAGACAAUAUGACAUUCAGCACAAUGGGAGAAGAUCUUUCAGCUUAUCUGCUGCUACAAUCGUGAAUUCAGCGCCAGCACCUGUGCAGCCAUACCUGCGAUUGAUGAGGCUGGACAAACCCAUUGGGACAUGGCUGCUGUACCUGCCGUGUACCUGGAGCAUUGCUCUAGCCUCUGACCCAGGCUGCCUCCCACAUCUGGGAAUACUUACCCUGUUUGGUACAGGCGCUCUACUGAUGAGAGGAGCAGGCUGCACUAUCAAUGACAUGUGGGAUAAAGACUUUGACAAAAAGGUGGCCAGGACGGCCACCCGGCCUAUUGCAGCAGGGGAGAUUUCUCAGAUGCAGGCACUCGUCUUCCUUGGAGGGCAGCUCACUCUGGCUCUUGGAGUUCUCUUGAGUCUCAAUUAUUACAGCAUAGCUUUGGGUGCUGCUUCCCUGUCCCUCGUCAUCACCUACCCUCUGAUGAAGAGAAUCACUUACUGGCCACAGUUUGUGUUGGGUCUCACGUUUAACUGGGGGGCACUGCUCGGCUGGUCUGCUGUGAAGGGUUCCUGUGAUUGGUCGGUGUGCCUUCCACUGUAUUUCUCAGGAGUGAUGUGGACACUGAUAUAUGACACAAUAUAUGCACAUCAGGAUAAAGAGGACGAUGUAAAGGUAGGAGUGAAAUCGACUGCACUGAGGUUCCAGGAGCAGACGAAACCUUGGCUCAGUGGCUUCACGGUGGCCAUGAUGUCAGGACUCGUAGCAGCCGGAAUCAAUGCUGAGCAGACUCUUCCUUAUUAUGCUGUACUGUCUGCAGUGGCAGUUCACCUCACACAUCAGAUUUACACACUGGACAUAAACAAACCAGAGGACUGCUGGAAGAAGUUUGUCUCAAACAAAAACCUUGGACUGUUGUUGUUUUUAGGAAUUGUAGUCGGCAAUCUGUGGAAAGAAAGACAAGAGACUUCGCUGCAAGAUGAGGAGGCACCCAGAUAAGUGAGAUUAUCAGCGGAGUCUUUUUAUUUCACAUACAGUGGAUAACUUUUCACAAAAUGCUCAGUAUCUUUUCAGAUCUUAACUCUGAGCACAGCUCUGUAAGAAAUCAAAAUAUGUAUAAUGUGAUGGAUGAUUUGAAUUCACAAAAAAGUAUUUGAUACAUAACUUUUAUCGCAAACCAUAAUCCACAGUUGUUGGAUCAGCUCAAAAUAAAAAAUAAUAUACUGCCUUGAAGGUACAUAAAAA